ACCAAAUUCAUUUGUGAUCAUCACUGCUAAUCGUGUUCUUCACUGUAAUGCUGACACUCCUGAAGAGAUGCAUCACUGGAUAACACUGCUGCAAAGGUCAAAGGGGGACACUAGAGUGGAGGGACAAGAAUUCAUUGUGAGAGGAUGGCUACACAAGGAAGUGAAAAACAACCCAAAGAUAUCUUCAUUAAAACUGAAAAAGCGUUGGUUUGUUUUGACGCACAAUUCUUUGGACUACUACAAGAGUUCAGAGAAAAAUGCUUUGAAAUUGGGUACGCUGGUCCUGAACAGCCUCUGCUCGGUGGUCCCACCUGAUGAAAAAAUCUUCAAAGAGACAGGUUAUUGGAAUGUAACCGUAUACGGACGCAAACAUUGUUACCGUCUCUAUACAAAAUUGCUUAACGAGGCGACCCGCUGGUCAAGUGCAAUCCAGAAUGUGAUUGACACAAAAGCACCAAUCGAUACACCAACUCAGCAACUUAUUCAAGAUAUUAAGGAAAACUGCCUGAAUGCUGAUGUAGUUGAACAGAUUUAUAAGAGAAACCCUAUUCUCCGUUACACUCAUCAUCCAUUGCACUCGCCAUUACUGCCACUGCCAUAUGGGGACAUCAAUCUAAACUUGCUGAAAGACAAAGGCUACACAACUCUGCAGGAUGAAGCCAUCAAGAUAUUUAAUUCUUUACAGCAACUGGAGUCUAUGUCUGAUCCCAUCCCUAUAAUCCAAGGUGUCCUCCAAACAGGACAUGAUUUACGACCUCUUCGAGAUGAGCUCUACUGUCAGCUUAUCAAGCAGACCAAUAAAGUGCCUAACCCUGGGAGUGUGGGCAACCUGUAUAGUUGGCAAAUACUCACCUGCAUGAGUUGCACAUUUCUGCCAAGUCGCAGCAUCCUGAAGUAUCUUAAGUUCCAUCUCAAAAGGGUUCGUGACCAGUUUCCAGGAACUGAAAUGGAGAAAUACGCACUUUUUACUUAUGAAUCUCUGAAGAAAACCAAAUGCAGAGAGUUUGUGCCAUCACGGGAUGAAAUAGAAGCUCUGAUCAGCAGGCAGGAAAUGACAUCCACAGUUUAUUGCCAUGGCGGGGGCUCCUGUAAAAUUACAAUCAACUCGCACACCACAGCUGGAGAGGUGGUUGAAAAGUUAAUUCGUGGCUUGGCCAUGGAGGAUAGCAGAAAUAUGUUUGCUUUGUUUGAAUACAAUGGAACUACUGAUAAAGCAAUUGAAAGCAGAACCAUUGUGGCUGAUGUCUUGGCAAAGUUUGAAAAGCUUGCUGCCACUGCUGAAGCUGGGGACAUGCACUGGAAGUUCUACUUCAAGCUCUACUGCUUCCUGGACACAGAAAACGUCCCAAAAGAUAGUGUGGAAUUUGCCUUUAUGUUUGAACAGGCUCAUGAAGCAGUGAUUAGAGGACAUUAUCCUGCUCCUGAAGAAACCCUCCAGGUCCUUGCAGCUUUGCGUCUUCAGUACCUUCAGGGAGAUUACACUUUGCAUACCACUGUACCAGAAAUGGAGGAAGUCUAUCCCUUGCAAAAGCUGAAGUCUCGGAUUACCCAGUCUACCAAAACAUUUACUGCAGCAGAGAAGGCUGAGAAGAAACGUGCCAGCUUUCUUGAAGGGACAUUGCGGAGGAGUUUUCGCAGUGGCUCUGUCAGCAAACAGAAGGUUGAGGAGGAUCAGAUGUUAGACAUGUGGGUCAAAGAGGAAAUCUCAGCUUCUAGGACGAGUAUUAUUGACAAAUGGAAAAAACUCCAGAGGAUGAACCAGGAGCAGGCUAUGGCAAAGUAUAUGGCUUUGAUUAAGGAAUGGCCUGGCUAUGGCUCAACACUCUUUGACGUAGAGUGUAAAGAAGGGGGAUUCCCACAAGAGUUGUGGCUUGGAGUCAGUGCUGAUGCAGUUUCUGUCUACAAGCGUGGGGAAGGACGGCCUCUGGAGGUGUUUCAGUAUGAACGUAUCUUGUCAUUUGGUGCACCGCUCGCCAACACCUACAAGAUUGUGGUGGAUGAGAGAGAACUGCUUUUUGAAACUAGUGAGGUGGUUGACAUUGCAAAGCUGAUGAAAGCUUACAUCAGUAUGAUUGUGAAAAAACGCUAUAGCACCUCUCGAUCAGUGAGUAGUCAUGGAAGUCAGGGCAGCUCCAGGUGAAAACAAAACCAGUUCUACCAUGCUCUAAAUAGAACAUAUCACUGCUUAGCCUCAAAAUGACCUGAUGAUACUGAUCACGUCUGUUGACAAGCUAACCAAGAACCAGACUUUCCACGGAAAAUAUCUUCAAACAUUGUUUCACAAAGACCAUGGGGUGGGGAGGGGAAAAUCAGCUGAA